AUGACGAGGGUGUUGCUCUAUACUAAGCGGACUCACAACACCUGCACCGUCAUCCCACUAGGUCACGGCCGCGACGACGUCCCCAACAUCCUGACCGCCGUGGAAGAAUGCGGCCGCAUACCAGGAGGCCGAAUCCUCCUCCCAGAACCCUACACCUACCGAAUCAACCAGCGUCUAACGACCCACCUGGAACACUCCACGCUCUCAAUCCACGGAACCCUGCUCUUCAGCGACGACAUAACCUACUGGGUCAACAAUUCCUACCGCGUCGACUUCCAGAACCAGUCCUCCGCAUGGCGAAUCACCGGCCACGACUACGAAGUCAACGGCGGCCCCUCGAUGGGCGGCAUCGACGGCAACGGCCAGCUCUGGUACACGUGGGCCAAGGGCGGGAGCAAUGUCUUCGGCCGCCCGAUUCCAAUGCAUAUCUAUAACUCGACGCGGGUCGUGGUUCGGAAUAUUGCGAUUCGGCAGCCGCAGUUCUGGGCGGUGUUGGUGGAUGAGUCGAGUCAUGUCUUGUUGGAGAAUUUCUAUGUGAAUGCGACGAAUUCGGACUUUUAUGCGGAGGAGGAUGCGGUCUGGAUUCAGAAUACGGAUGGGGUGGAUACGUUCCGGUCGGAUCAUGUCACGGUUAAGGACUGGGUGUAUGAGGGUGGUGACGAUGCGGUUGCAUUCAAGGGCAAUUCGACAAAUGUGGUGGUGCAGAAUAUGACGGUUUAUGGUGGCCCCGGGAUUGCGUUUGGAUCUCUGGGACAGUAUCCGGAUAGGGUUGAUAUUGUGGAGAAUAUCACGGUGAGGGAUGUGGUGCUUCAACCGUCUUUUCAGCGGGCCAUCAACUCGGGGAUCUACUUCAAGAGCUGGAUCGGAGUCAAUUUUGGCAAUCCUCCUAAUGGAGGUGGCGACGGACACGGUUAUCUCCGGAAUGUCACCGUGGAAAACAUUCAGUUCAAAGAUGUACAAAUGCCGAUAUAUUUCGACACCUGUCUGAGUUAUCUCUACGACCAAAACGUCACUCAAUACUGCGACACAUCGACUUAUCGCUUCGACGAUAUCCACUUCAAGAACAUAACGGGAAAUGGACUGGCUACUCCCACGGAUUAUCCAGGAGAAAACAUUACCUUUGCAGUCUCGGUCAUAUGCUCUGAGAAGGCAAAGUGUGGUGAUAUUACUUUUCAAGACGUCGACAUCAGUUUGCCGGAUGAGUAUGAAGGGAAGUCCGUGAUAUGUAAGAACGCGGAGGUUGACGGGCUUGAGUGCAAUGUUUGA